AUGUACAUGUACAGCGCAAUUUCCACUCUCCUUCUGGCUGCCUCCAGCAUCCACUCCGCAAAAGCAGACUCCUGCUACGCCGUUGGACAUCUCAACACCAAUUCCGAAGGCUGGGGUCUGGGUGGAACCACUUACGCCGGUGGACAAGGGCUGGAUCUGUACAAUUCGAAGGACGAGCUGAUCGGAUCCUACGACCUGUGCGAUACCUGCAGCGGUGUCUGCUCUGAUCUCCUCCAUGUGCCGACCAGCAAUCUGUCGGAAGUCUUCUCUUGGGGUGCCACGUGCGGUGACGGAGGCUUUGAGUAA